UUCGUAACACAAUUUUUUUGUUAUAAGUUUCUAGGAGAAAGCAUAUGCGAUAGUACUUCAAUACUCAUUCCAACAAGCAAAACCCACAAGGGCAUCAUAAUGUAGAACCAGUUCAUCAGAUUGUUAUAUUGCAGUCGAACGCAUAGCAUUAUCUGAAAUGCAACUUUCAGAAUAACACAAAUUAAAUACCAACAUUUUCGUCGCAUUGUAACAUAUGAGCGAUCAUGUCCAUUUCUACAAUGCGUGGCAAUUCGCAAAGUUACGAAAAUAAAGAGUUUAAAGUCGAAGAUCCAUAUCGGUAUAAAUAUCAAAAACCAGUCCCAAUCAGUUUCUUCAUCAAGUCUUAAUGUUAACAAAAUUAAAAAUAUUGCAACUAAAAACCAUGUUAAAAGAGCUCUGUGUAGAACUGCCAUGUUAAUCUGCGUAGCAACAUUCGAUUCACACGGUGUACAAAUAUAUUACUGAAUGAAGACUUUAAAUUACAAACAUAGAAUCUGAAGUUAAUCUAGAGCCUAACUUUGAAAUUUCUUAAUCAAAAUGAUAUUUGCAUGCUUUUGAUGUUUCAUUUUAUACUAAACACAUGCAUUGCUUGAUAUCAGUAAAUAAUACACAAUUUAUGUAUAAUCAAUAAACAGAAAGACACAUUUAAUAGUCAUAUCUGUCAGAGUGAAAUGUUUGUUUACAACUUUCAGCAAUUUUCUAGAUAGGUUCUAACUACCUAUUUCCUCGAAAAACGAGAUCUGCACAUAUUACUUAACUUAUAAUUUAGAUAAGAAGGAUGUCAAAAGAGCUCGCCAAACUUCAUAUAAAUCUGGCCAAGCUCUAAGAAACAGCUUACAAGGCAGAAAAAGAUCUGUCAGAAAAGAAGAAAAAUUAUCAACCUGUGCAUCUUCUGUGGAACAAUACUUCGAUAUUUCGAGCAAUUGUUACAGUCUAUUAAAAGAUAUGUGUGUACAUGCAGCAUUAUUUCAAAGACAUUCUCACCGUGGCACACUUCUUGCAUCUGAUAUACAUAAAGCGAGUGACCUUUAUCUUUUAAAAAAGCAUUCAAAUUUUAUUGAUAAAACGGGAAGUAAUGUUGAAUUAAGUGCUUACGUAGAAAAGACAUUUCAAGUUAAAGAAGCAGAAAAAACAUUUUACUAUGGUAAAUGCUUAAACUGUCCAGAAUUCACUGAUUUAAAAGAUGUUGAAGCUGACCAUUCUCUGAAGGAUUAUUUUAAACUCACCAUGAAAGCUGUCUUUGUUAAUAACUCUGAAUUCUUUUCAUUGGUGUUAUCUGACUUGAAAAGGAAUCUCGGCAUUCUCCCUAUCUUACCAGUUUUCAUUCAUGAUUUAUGUAAUGACGCUUUUUUACUCAAGUAUAAACCUGCUCAUUUAAAAAAAAUUCUUCUUGUCAUACAUUCCUUAUACUUAAAUCCUAAUUUGUAUUUCCAAAACGAUCAUCUUCACAAAAUUUUAGAUUUCAUCAUAGCUUGUGCCAUAGAAAAUCUCAAUUUUGAAGAUUAUCAACAAGAGGAUGUUCUUUCUCUUCAAGAUACUUCAGCCGAAAUCCUUCAUGAUAUAUUCAUUAAAAAUCAAGCAAUUUCUUCACAAGUAUACAAUUACAUUUUGAAGAAACUUACUCAACCUUAUAAAGAAACUGAAUUUCAAUUAAUUUCUUGUUGUGGGUCUUUGACUGUUGCUCAUGCUAUGGGCUUAUCUGCAUUAACUUCUAUACUACCUUUGAUCUUCCUUAAUUCUUCUAUGAAAGAACAAAAUAUUUUGAACAAAUUGACUAAAAGAUUAAAUUCUAAUGACAUGAGCACUGAAAGAUAUGCUAAAACGUUGCAAAGCAAACUUUUUGAAGCAAGUCAAAGCCUUGUUGAGUAUUCUUUACAUAAAGCUUUAGCUUUACCACAUAUCAGUAAACUAUAUACAAUAGCAUCUGAUCAUGACAAAAUUUCUAAAAGUAAAAUUAAAGGACCACCUCUGAUGAGUGACUUGUGCUGCUCGAUAUUGAAAUAUUACGGUGAAACUAUGAGUACUUAUUUACCAUUACUUCUGAAUGCAUCAGAUGAAGCAAUACCUUUAAUAGACAUAUUUGAAGAAAUUCUUCAACAGGAAAGUGCAAGAAAGACUGAACUUACAUAGUUCUCAUUUCAUUAGAGUUCUUAAAACUUUUAAUCUUAUAUUUUAAAUUAUCUUAACAGUACAAAAUAAAUUUUAUAUCUGUAGAUGGAAAUCUUAUAUUCAAUAUAUAAUGAUGUACAAAGGGGAGGAAUAUUUUUCUAUGUUUUUUAAGUUAUAAAACUUGUUUAAGUAUGAUAAAUUGUGAUUUAAAUUUAUUAUUAUUAGAGUAAAACCUCUCUGGAGCGACCACUCUCCUCUCCACUGUAAAAUUGUCAUUAAAGAAGGUUGGUCGAACUUAGAAAUUACCUCCAUUGAUUUCAAAAUUUCAGAGGUAUAUGAUUUUUUAUUGCAAAUGCUUUUAAUUUUAGUCAGUGUCAUUUUCUUGGUGUGAUAAUAAAAAUGAUCUCAAUUGAUAUAAUUAUGUGUUUAAAAAAAAUUAACAAAUUAUAAAUGAUACCGCUAUUUAAAAUAAAUAAUGAUAUUUUUUGUUAAAGUUUGCAUUUAAUUUUAUAUGAUAAAAAUUAGUUAACUUUAAAAAAUGUGAAGAGGUUUGUUUGAUUUUUCUAAAGUAAUUUUUUGUUUCUAAUAUAAAUUUCAACACUGGAAGUAAAUCAUUGAUAGCAUCAUCUUUAGUACACUCUGACUGCAACGUGAGGUUGCAUCGUCAAAAAGAGCUCUCUAAAUAUUUUGAAUAUAUUUUAAUCUACUUAUUUGUUUUGUUAAAUUUUUUGUUUUAAUAUUUUUUCGUGUUUCCGUAUUUGACCUUUUCCGCAUUUCGUGCAGGGGUUUACCUGGCCACUGGGAGAGGUUUUAAUGGUCUCUCCUAAAGGUUUUCUUCAACACAAAUUCUGGGGGGAAAAAUUUACCUCCGAAAAGCGAUCGUAUAUAGACGUGGUCUUUCCUGAAGGUUUCAGUGUAUUAUUAUUUGUAACCUUUUCAAAUACUUUGAGUUUUCACCUCAGAAACUGUGUACAAUUUGAUUUUUUUUAUGUUUGUGCCUUCUUUUGUAAUUAUAUAAUAUAAAAAUGAAAGAGCUAUAAUAUUAUCUGGUAGUGCAAAAAUAAUAUAACCUGAUUCACAAAAUUACAAAGUUAUGUGGUUUUUCAGGGGUGCAUAUUUUGUAUUUCACUUCCUACACAAAAUACUGACUUGUCAAAUUUUAGCUUUAUUUUGCGGUUGUAAAAUGUACAAAGAAUUGUAUUAACAUUCAAGAUAAAAGUUUUGCUAGGAAAAAGUUUUUAACUUUUGAAUUGCGUUGGCAAAUUUGUAAUUAAAAAAAUUCUUGUUUAACAGCAUUUCUUUCUGGAGAAAAAUUAAUUUGCUUUGCAGGAAUCUUUCUACUGAAUUUCAUUUAUGGACAUUAAAAUUGACUAAAAUGUA